GUCACACAAUGAUUUGAAAAGGAUGAACAAAUCUAACGAUUACUUGCAGUGUUCGAAUGGUGGUGUUAGCGCAAAUCAUGCUGAAAAUGAGAGUCUAGUUCCUUGUGAGUCAUUGAAGGGUGAGUAUGUGGAUGAAGUUCUUUAUAGCUCACUCGAGGCAAACUUAUUCAGUACGGCUGGGUGCAUUCUUUGGCAGACUAAGACCCUGCGCCGCAAAUUACAGUACGAACAGAAGAAACGACAGCAUAACCAGGGCCACGUCGAGUUGGAGAACUUUUAUCAACAAAUGCUUGAUAAAUUGGAAGAAAAAAGUCGAGCCCUGUCGGAUGGCCUAAGAGAUUUAGCAAGGUCUAUGGGUGCUUCCUACAGGAGUGACACUAGGGACAAUGAGGUGUCUAAGGCUGCCCCUAUUGUCUCCACGAGUGAGCAAGAUAUGAAGUUUGAGGAGGUUAAUAGGGCUAAACCCGAGGACUAUUCCGCAGAGGCAGUGGUAGCUGUUCCUCUAUCUAAUAUGGUGUCUCCCCAGCAAGGAUUAAACAAUCAGCAUGAAGAGCCGUUACCCAAGAGAGCGAGACUGGAGGAGGGGAAAUCAAAUAAAAUAGGCAGUAGUAGCGCUCCAAAAAGUGCGCUAGCGCGGUUAGUUGCCCAGGCGAGAGCUACGGAACGGCAGCUAUGCGAUGAUUUUUCUACAUCUGCUCUAUCCAAAUCAGAGAAAUCACAUGAUAAAAUGGUAACUUUCGAUGAGAAUUUAAUCGACUCCGCAACUUCAAAUAAUCCAGCUUCAGAAGUGCAUCGCAAUACGGCUCAUGAUGGCGUGAAUAGUAAAACCGAGUCAAAUCUGGAUGGAAAUAUUUCAGAUGACGAAGACUUUGCGACCCCCCUACCCCCUUCCAAUGGGCAGUUGCAAUUCGCAAAAUCUGGAGAUCUUACAAGCAAUGCGCCUGAAAGGAGCACUGGGGCUGCGGAGAAACACCCCUCCCAGAUGACGAGGGAGGAAUUUUUGAGCCAGUACAAGCGCGCCCCGAGGCGUGGGGAAAUAGGUCAGGAUGCGGAUCAGAUUGCCCACGCCGAGGAGCUGGGGUAUGUGAUGUCGGGUUCGCAAAGCAAGGCAUCUCAAAUGUAUGUGGACCGCAUUCAGCGGCAGCUGCACGAGCGGGAAGCUGCGCGGCUUCAUCAGCAGUUUCGUGAGGUAGAGGAUAAACUCAUGGAUCAGGAACUGAUUCAUAACCUUUUAGAAGUAAUUCAUGCCAAAAAAAAAUGUAACCAGUAA